AUGGCUUCUGCAAACCUCGUCGGGAUGGGCUUUCAGCUCCUUAAGCGAGCCACCGAUGAAGAGACCGACCCCGAGGAGGGUGACUCUGCCCAAAAGGAAUUGUUCGCGGCAUGGGCGCUCUUCAUCUCGAUCAUGCUGCUCAUUAUCGCCUUCUUCACAAGCUACAUGCUGCAGAUGAAGAAGGUCACUGCUAUACACGAAACUGUUAUAUCUAUAUUUGCUGGAAUGGUGGUUGGACUCACCCUCCUAAUCUUCGGCGGCGACUCUCUUCGAAACAUGAUCAGCUUCGACUAUCAAAUCUUCUUCAACCUGUUACUGCCCCCUAUUAUCCUGUCCUCGGGCUAUGAGCUGCAUCAGGCCAACUUCUUUCGCAAUAUUGGUACCAUCUUGACAUUCGCCUUUGCUGGAACUUUUAUGUCAGCUGUCGUCAUUGGCCUCAUCUUGUACUUCUUCACUCUUAUCCCUGGAUCCCUGGAAAUGUCUUUUGUAGACGCUAUCUCAGUUGGCGCAACUCUUUCUGCAACGGACCCUGUUACUAUUCUGGCCAUCUUCAACACUUACAAGGUCGAUCCCAAGCUGUACACCAUCAUCUUUGGAGAAUCUAUCUUGAACGAUGCCAUUGCCAUCGUCAUUUUCGAAACUGCGCAAAAGUAUAAAAAGGGCGAGGCUGCUGGCCUCAGUAUUGUCAGUUUCUUCGAAGGUACAGGUAUCUUCCUGUUGGUCUUCUUCUGCAGUUUGUUCAUCGGCUUCCUUGUCGGUGUCGCCACUGCCCUUUUGUUGAAGUUCACCUACCUUCGUAGGACUCCAAAGAUCGAGAGUUGUUUAAUCUUUUUGAUCGCGUACGCCACUUACUUCUUUUCCCAUGGUCUCCAUAUGUCUGGUAUUGUGUCGCUGCUUUUCUGCGGCAUCACUCUCAAGCACUAUGCUUACUUCAAUAUGUCGCGACGAACCCAGCUUACCACAAAGUUCAUCUUUCAAAUCCUGUCACAAUUAUCUGAAAACUUCAUCUUCAUUUAUCUAGGACUGGCUCUCUUCACCGACAACCAUCUUCAGUUUCAGCCUCCUCUCAUCAUUGUCACUAUUCUUGCUGUUUGCGCUGCUCGAUGGGUUGCUGUAUUCCCCUUGUCCAAAGCAAUCAACUGGUUCAUUCGAUACCGCGCCAGCAGACGAGGCCAAGAAGUUGGCGACGAGCUGCCUUACAACUACCAAGCCAUGCUUUAUUGGGCCGGUUUAAGAGGAGCUGUCGGUGUUGCCUUGGCUGCUUUGCUUACUGGCGAGAACUCUUCCGCACUUCGGGCAACUGUCCUGGUUGUUGUCGUACUCACGGUGAUCAUCUUCGGAGGGACUACUGCUCGUAUGCUCGAGAUUCUAGGAAUCCGCACAGGUGUUGUCGAAGAAGUUGACAGCGAUGACGAGUUCGACAUAGAAACGUUUGGCGGGGGUCUCCAGGUCAAGCGAUCAGGAACGGGCAUCGGCUACAACCCUCGUAGGAAUGGCAGCGUUGCCCUUGGUAGUCUCGAGGCAGGUCAAUCCGCUAGUUAUGUAUCGGGCGCUUCGUCUCCGCACACGGGCGGCCGGCCUACAAGUAAAGUUCGAAAGAACUCUAUUCCCGAACGAUCUGACCUUCUUCGACACAACGAUGAUUCAGACAUCGGCAGCGACAUUGAUGUCUCUGAUUUGCCUCCCCCGGCACGCCGCUCACCCCUUCCACGCUCCAGCACAGCUCCUCCAUCGCGAGUGGACAGUGCAUACGCUACUCCCAUAUCCGAGACACCAGGAGGUCAACCGAUCACAGCAUCCAAUGCUAUCCGACAACUCUGGACCUCGGAAGAUCCCGCCAGCGUGUUUCACCAUCUUGACGAGGAUUUUAUUAAGCCUAGACUGCUUCUCCAGGGAGACAGUUCCAGGGGUGGCAACGGUGGACCUAGCUGA